CAGCUGCAGUCACAGAUCUGUGCAUUUGUGAAGAAAAUCAGACCGAAUUCAUCUCCUCUUUCUAAACAACUGACUCAAAAACUGAGCGCAGACAUGUCCGCUGCCAGCAAUCUGCGAGCUGAAGAUCAGUUUCUGUGCGCCAUCUGUCUGGAGGUGUUCGUCGAUCCAGUCACCACACCGUGUGGCCACAACUUCUGCAAAAGAUGCAUCACUCAGCACUGGGAUGUUAAUAUGUCCUGCUGCUGUCCCAUGUGUAAGGAGACGUUCAACACGAGACCUCAGUUGAAGGUCAACACUUUGCUUUCUGGCAUAGUUUUUCAGCUCAAACGAGAAGCUCAGAAGAAAGUCAACAGCAGCAGCUCAGAGCAACAAGCUGCCAAACCGCAACUUCCCUGCAACGUCUUCACUGGAGCCAGACCAAAGGCCCUGAAGUCCUGCCGUGAGACACGCCUGGACCCUCGUCAACAUCUGUACGGAGAGUUGGAAAGAGAGAGUGAGCUAGCGAGAGAGAGACAGCAAGAUGUUUGGAGCGAGCUAGAAAGAGAGUGUGAGCUAGCGAGAGAGUUACAGGAAGAACAACGGCAGGAUCUGUUGCUUGAGCUAGAACGAGAGAGUGAGCUAGCGAGAGAGAGACAGCAAGAUGUUUGGAGCGAGCUAGAAAGAGAGUGUGAGCUAGCGAGAGAGUUACAGGAAGAACAACGGCAGGAUCUGUUGCUUGAGCUAGAACGAGAGAGUGAGCUAGCGAGAGAGUUACAGGAAGAACAACGGCAGGAUCUGUUGCUUGAGCUAGAACGAGAGAGUGAGCUAGCGAGAGAGUUACAGGAAGAACAACGGCAGGAUCUGUUGCUUGAGCUAGAACGAGAGAGUGAGCUAGCGAGAGAGAGACAGCAAGAUCUAUGGAGCGAGCUAGAGAUGUAGAGAGACAGAGCAAAUAUAUAGAUAGAGUUGAUUUAGAUUUUCCAAAACCCUUUUAUCAAUAAAAACAGACAGCUAAAGAUUUGAGAAUAGAAGUAAUAAUCCAAACAAAAAAAUAUUUCUUUUUCAAGUGAAUAUUAAAUCAACCACAAUGUCUGUUUUUAUCGAACAUGUAAAGCCAAGGAUGAAAGUCUGUAGAGUAAAUAAUCUCAAUCUAAAUAAAAAGUCAGAACUGCUUCUCCUGGAGCCCAAACACAGACUGUGAUCUCCUGAAAUCCAGGAAAGAGUGGAACACAGUUUCCCCUUUACAACAUACUGGAGAAUUUCAUCAUGGCUGGGAUUUCAAACAAAGAUAAAAGCAUUUACAGCGACUGCACCAAGUAAAACCCUCCAUUGUAGAUUUCCAGCCUCUUUGGGUCUCUAUGUAUUCAUCUGAAACCAUUCCCAGAUGGUCUCUCCAUGCACUCUAAGAAAUGAAAUGUUAUAUUUACCUGGUGUUGGCUUUCACUGCAGUAUAGUAUCACUUCCUGUUCCUGAUGCAUUGCACAGUGGUGUUUUGUGUAUGCCAUUUAAUUAAAAACUUUGUUGUUACACAGUGCAAUGGUCA